AUGAAGGCAAUAUACACCGCUUGGCUAUUCUUUAUACUUAGCUUAUUAUUACAUGGUAUUGUUGAAAGUAGAUCAGUUCCUAGAGAAAUUUUGCCUGCACUACAAAAGUUUGAUACUUUAAAUAGAAUGAUGAUGCUCGUCCCUGUAA